CUCGUUUCUUUAUCCUUUGCACCCCAACUUCAGAACGUGGCCGUGGAUGUUGUGACAGCUGUGCUACGAAUCAGAAGUGUAUGACAGACUGUUUGACCCAAGCCAAUCGACUCCACGGCCCACCCCGGGCUCGGCCGUCGACGAGCCGUCAGCCCACCCCACGACGGACGCGACGGGGCGGCGCCAUGGGCUGUGGCGCCUCCGGCUUACGACCCUUCGCCGAAGCCUUCGAGCUACAAGAGGUGGUCGGGAAGGGCAGAUUUGGUGAGGUUUAUGCUGCAGUAGAGAGAGCCUCUAGAGAACCCUAUGCAGUCCGGCUCCUUCCGAAUGCGGCGAGGGCUGAAUUGCUGCGAGAAGCGAAGCUGUGGAAGAGCGUCGCAGACAGCAAGUACAUAGUGCAGUGGUACACCAUCAGAGCAGAUGGAGCGACUCUGUUCUUUCUGAUGGAGAGAUGCCAAUGUAGCUUUGUGCAGAAGCUGAAGAGCUCUACCAGUUGGAACGUGCAGAAAACUCGAGCGGCGUUCAAACAGAUGUUGCGGGCGGUGGAAUGGAUCCAUUCCUGCGGUGUCGCUCAUCGCAACGUCAAGGCGUCGAACUUUUUGUGUGGUGGCGACAAGGGCAACACCAUCAUGAAACUCACGGACUUUGGCACGGCUUGCCAAGUGCCCCAGGGCGGCCGGCUCUUCGAAGAAGUUGGCAGCUGGCAAUACCGGUCCCCGGAGAUGCACAGCAAGGCCGGCUACACCGAGAAGACCGAUGUCUGGUCCUUCGGGGUGAUGGCCUACGCCCUGCUCUUCAAUGAGUUUCCCUACGCGCCGCAGGUCCGAGACAAGGACAGAAUACGAACUCUGAUUUUGCAAAAUGCCGAGCCGUACUUUGUUCAGGUGCCUGCUGGGGAAAAGGUGGGCGAGUCCUUAGGCCCUGCGGCCCGCUUCUGCCGGGUCUUGUUGCGCCGAAAUCAGGACAUUCGCUGUAGCGCCACAGAGGCCUUGCAGUUGGGCUUCAUCACCGGCCUGGCCGCCUCCGUGGAGAUGGAGUCCGACUGCACCGCCGUGCGGAAGCAGGACCAGCACUUCGUGAAGCCGGAUUUGGCACCAGUCGUCGGCUGGGAUGCCGAGAGCGGAGUCGAGGCGUACUUCUCGGAGUUCACGGUAGACUUGACGCGGAACAAGCUUGCCCCAUUGCCAUUGAUGGGAGGAGAGAUUGAGGAUUUGAGUUGACACAAGUGAACUUGUGCUGCAACGCCUCUUUUAAGCCCCACAUGCGUUGGAUGUCAAGCUCGGUGCGCUC